AUGGCCUCACAUGUACACGUCUUCUCCCCUCCCACCCUUCAAUCAAGUGCCUUCUGUAGCGUGAAGAAACCGAAAGUCGAGCCUAGUUCCAGCUGGGACAUGACUGGGUACGGUCCCCACGGCAAAGUCUACAGCCAGAGCAAGAACGCCCCACCGUCGCAGCCAGCCACCGCAGCCGUCAGCACCUCCUUGCCCCUCCCAAACCGGAGCCUACCUUACGAGCAGACCGUCAUCUUUCCAGGCAGCACUGGGCACAUCGUCGUAACGUCCGCAAACAGCACCUCUGUCACUGGGCAGGUCCUCGGGGGACCACACAACCUCAUGCGUCGAAGCACUGUGAACCUUCUCGACACCUACCAGAGGUGCGGGCUCAAGCGGAAGAGCGAGGAAAUCGAGAACACGAGCAGCGUGCAGAUCAUCGAGGAACACCCGCCCAUGGUGCAGAACAACACCAGCGGGGCCACCAUCGCCACUGCCACCACCUCAACUGCCACCUCCAAGAACAGCGGCUCCAACAGCGAGGGCGAUUACCAGCUGGUCCAGCAUGAGCUGCUGUGUUCCAUGACCAACACGUACGAGGUCCUCGAGUUCCUGGGCCGGGGCACCUUCGGGCAGGUGGUCAAGUGCUGGAAGCGGGGCACCAACGAGAUCGUGGCCAUCAAGAUCCUGAAGAACCAUCCGUCCUACGCCCGGCAGGGCCAGAUCGAGGUGAGCAUCCUGGCCCGUCUGAGCACAGAGAGCGCGGACGACUACAACUUCGUCCGCGCCUACGAGUGCUUCCAGCACAAGAACCACACGUGCUUGAUCUUCAAAAUACUGGAGCAGAACCUCUACGACUUCCUCAAGCAGAACAAGUUCAGCCCCUUGCCCCUCAAGUACAUCCGCCCCGUCCUCCAGCAGGUGGCCACGGCCCUCAUGAAGCUCAAGAGCCUGGGCCUCAUCCAUGCCGACCUCAAGCCUGAGAACAUCAUGCUGGUGGACCCGUCCAGACAGCCCUACAGGGUCAAGGUCAUCGACUUCGGUUCUGCCAGCCACGUGUCCAAGGCCGUGUGCUCCACCUACCUGCAGUCCAGAUACUACAGGUAA